UCUGUUUCUGUUCUCUUCACUGUGCCGCUUUAGGUUCUUGCCGACCUUUCUUGUGGUCGCUUUCUGCGGCUGCCUUUCGUGUCCUUGUUUCUCCUUUUUUCUUUUCUCUUGUUCCAGGCUUUGCUUCUCCUGAUUUGACGAUGAGUUUUACGUUUCCUUUCUUCAUUAAUUAGGUCAUUUGGUUUUCGAUGGAUAUGGAGGAGAGGGUGGUUGAUUUCCCGCCGAUUUUUCUGCAAUUUUGUACGGUUUAGCGUGUGGAUGGAUAGAAACACGUGAAGAGAGCGAUUUGCGUUCUCAGAUAGAGGUAGAUCGUCGUCGUUCCUGUGUAAGAAAGGGGCCGUUCAGAGAUGACGAACUUGACGGCCUGUCCUGCGCCGAUGGCGGCAACGUCGAACGGGAUCUUCCAGGACAGCAAGCCGCUUGACUACGCCCUACCGUUGCUCAUCGUGCAGAUCUGCCUCGUCGUCGUCGUAACCCGCGUCCUCGCUCUCCUCCUCAAGCCGAUGCGCCAGCCGCGCGUCAUAGCGGAGAUCAUCGGAGGAAUCCUACUGGGGCCUUCGGCACUGGGUCGGUACACGCCGUAUCUGGACGCGGUCUUUCCGAAACGAAGCCUCACCGUGCUGGACACUCUUGCGAACAUCGGCCUCCUCUAUUUCCUUUUCCUGGUAGGCCUCGAGCUCGACCCAAGGUCCAUCCGCCGCACGGGCAAGAAGGCGCUCGGCAUCGCCAUAGCGGGUAUCACCUUUCCCUUCGUGCUCGGCAUUGGCGCGUCCUUCGUGCUCAGACACACCAUCUCCAAGGGAGUGUCCGGUCCGUCCUUCCUCGUCUUCAUGGGCGUCGCCCUCUCUAUCACUGCCUUCCCUGUGCUCGCCCGCAUCCUCGCGGAGCUCAAGCUCCUCACAACCGACGUCGGCCGGAUGGCUAUGUCGGCCGCGGCCGUCAACGAUGUCGCCGCGUGGAUUCUCCUCGCCCUUGCCAUUGCCCUCUCCAGCUCCGGCAAGUCGCCGCUCAUCUCUCUAUGGGUUCUCCUCUUGGGGAUUGCCUUCGUCGCCUUCGCGGUGGCCAUCGUCCGCCCGGCGCUCGGCUGGAUGGCUAGGCGUUGCGCCGAUGGCGAGCCCGUGAAGGAGAUAUACAUCUGCGCUACCCUUACGCUCGUUCUGGCCAUGGGGUUCGUGACGGACAUGAUUGGAAUCCACGCGCUCUUCGGGGCAUUCAUCGUGGGACUUAUCGUGCCCAAGGACGGACCUUUCGCCGGCGUGCUGGUGGAGAAGAUCGAGGAUCUCGUCUCAGGCCUCUUCUUGCCUCUCUAUUUCGUAUCAAGUGGCCUAAAGACCAACGUUGCCACCAUAGAAGGAGGGCUUUCCUGGGCACUGCUAGUGCUCGUCAUUUUCACCGCCUGCUUCGGGAAGAUCAUUGGCACCUUCGUCGUCUCCUUGCUUUGCAAGCUUCCCUUCCGGGAGGCCUUCGCGCUCGGUCUCCUUAUGAACACAAAAGGACUCGUGGAGCUUAUCGUCCUCAACAUCGGCAAGGAUAGAAAGGUAUUGAAUGAUCAGACAUUCGCCAUUUUCGUGCUGAUGGCCCUCUUCACCACCUUCAUCACCACCCCUCUUGUGACCGCCUUCUACAAGCCGGCCCGCAAGUCCGCCCCUUACAAGCACCGCACGAUCCAGCGGAAGAACCCCGAGAGCCAGCUGCGCAUCCUCGCCUGCCUUCACAGCGUCCGAAACGUCCCCACCAUCAUAAACCUCAUCGAGGCCUCCCGCGGCACCCGCAGCCGCCGCCCCGUCGGCGUCUACGCCAUGCACCUCAUGGAACUCUCGGAGCGUCCCUCCGCGAUCCUCAUGGUCCACAAGGCCCGGAACAAUGGUCUCCCCUUUUGGAACAGGGUUCGCCCAGACGCUGACCAGAUCGUCGUCGCCUUCGAGGCCUACCAGCAGCUCAGCAGCGUCUCUGUCCGCCCCAUGACCGCCAUCUCUGACCUAGCAGACAUCCACGAGGACAUCUGCGCCAGCGCCGAGCAGAAACGAGCAGCCAUCAUCAUCCUCCCCUACCACAAGCACCAGCGCUUCGACGGAAUGCUCGAGCCCGGGGCCACUGGCUUCCAUGCAGUCAAUGUAAAGGUCCUAGAAAACGCCCCGUGCUCGGUAGGCAUCCUCGUCGACAGGGGCCUCGGCGGCACAACCCAGGUCACCGCGAGCGAAGUUGCCCACUCGAUCGCCGUCUUCUUCUUCGGCGGGCCCGACGACAGGGAAGCGUUAGCCUACGGCAUCAGGAUGGCGGAGCACCCUGGGAUCAGUCUGACUGUAGUGCGGUUCCUCGUGGAAGUCCCUCUCCUGGCCCGCCGUGGCAGUGUCCGAAUCGCCGUCGACGCCGACGAGCGGUCGGAAGAUGAGGACUUCCUGGCCGACUGCAAGGGGAAGCUGCUUUCCUCUUAUUCGAUCGUCUAUUUAGAAAAGGAAGUGACGGGGAAGGCGGACAUCUUGCCCGUGAUUAAGGAGCAUAGCCGGUGCGAUCUGAUCCUGGUGGGGAGGUCUGCCAGAACGGAGGCGCUCGCUGACCGAACCGACUCGCCGGAGCUGGGGCCAGUGGGAUCCCUGCUGGCGUCGUCCGAGUUCCCGAUCAACGCGUCCGUGUUGGUGGUGCAGCAGUACAACCGGAUGGUCAACGCCGCAUCUUCAAGCGAAGACAUGGUGGAUACACCAAGGUCUGUAGCCUACGAUUCCGAGUCGGAAUCUGUACAUAAUAAUAGAACGAAGUAAGGAAGGAAGAGGCGGGGAAAUGAGGAAAAAGGAGGUAGAAAGGCGGCCAUGAACAAGACAAGUGUUUCCUCCCCUUUCCUAUGCCAGGCAAGAGGGUUUUGGAAAAUAGCAUCCCAGGUCCAUAUACAUAAAGGUCUUGUUGUUUUUAACUGUGCACCUUGUGAAAAGCCAUUAGAGGCAAAAUAAGACCUCUGGUGCUUUAUCUAUAUAUAUGAACCCCUGGUUUUUGUCUUUUUUUGUAAUCAGUUCGUCGCAAAG